CGCGCUCAGUUGCAAUGGCGAUUCGGCAUUCGCGGUCGCCAGGCUGCUUCUAUUGAGAUCAGGAGAUCAGGGAAGUGCUAGUUCCGUCCUAGUAGAGCAUGGGUUCCUGGGUGUGGUGGGUUUCGCUGUGGGUGGCGGCGUACGCUCGCGAGCUGGACCCGGCGGGCUGCGCGGCGCGGUUCGACGUCCAGAGAGACAAGAUCAUCCGCACGGAAGAAUCGCGCAGUAUGGGCGCCCGGUACCUCUCCGAACUCGACGUGGGCUCCCGCCACGAGUGUCUCCGCCUCUGCUGCGAGACCGACUCCUGUGAUGUCUUCGUGUUCGAGGAAAAGAGUCCUGGGAGCUGCUACCUGUUUAACUGCGGGCCGCCGGAGGACUUCCGCUGCAAGUUCACGGCGCACGGCAACUUCAGCAGCGGCGUGCUGGCGCUAAGCCGCCGUCUGGCCGAGCUGCAGGACCAGGAGCGCCUGGUGCAUCAUGAGCAGGAGCUCGCUAGCCUUCGGAGUCACACUACCACGACGGUGGCGACCACUGUGACGACCACUCGCAGCACGGAGCGGCCGCCGCGCCCGGAGCCGCCCGCGCCACCGCCACAGCCACAGCAGCAGACAAGUCGGUGCAGCCGCUACCAAUUCGAGUGUCGUCACGGCGGCGAGUGCAUCGCGGUGUACAACGCGUGCGACGGCGUGCCGCAGUGCGCUGACGGCAGCGACGAGGCACCCGAGCUGGGCUGCCCCGCGCCGCCGACGCACCCGCCGCCGCAAGCGCCACACACGCAGCCGACGCAGCCACCGCCACCGCCAGUUGUGCAGCCACAGAUGCAGGUUGCUGUUCAGGAGAGCGGCGAGGAGGCGGCUUCGGAGCUCUGGCCGCACAGACUGACGCAGGCGCAGCCGCCAUACCGCUAUAACGCUGGAAACAACGGUGGUGUAAGCGGCUCACAUAUCUUCAGCCACACUGGGGGUCUGGUGCAGGAGAGCGCCUUCGAACCCCCCUCUCCCAACGGCCCCUGGCCUCAUCGCUCGUGGCAGCAAGCGCACGUGCCACAAGCAGCAGCUAAUGACGGCAUGGAUGACCGCGUGUGGGAUAAUUACGGUCGCGGACGCAUGGAGUGGCCUGAGGUGGAGUCACGCCGGGCCUGGCCUGUUCCCCAGCCGAGACCUGAACCGGAUAUGCCGCUCUACAUGCCACCAAAAGCGAUGCCCGAACUGCCGAUGGUCUACUCGAGUCAGCAACAAACUCUAAGGGACAGCCCCAAGAAGGGCUUCGAACUGGCGCCCAAGAGUCAGCACAUUGAGUACGCCACUGAGCCGCCCCGGCCCGCGACCCCAGCACCGCCGCAGAACAUACAACCUCCAGAAGUGCACAAACCCGUGCCCAUAGAAAACGCUACUAAGAAAAAAGUUUUGAAAGAAAUCAUGGCCGAUACCAACAAGGUGUCGCGGCCGGCCGAGCCGCCCCGAGCGGAGGCGAAGGUUCACGAGCACUUCACGGACGAGCACGACGGACUCAGCGAGCACUCGCCCGCUGCUGUGCUGCUACUAGUACUAGGUACUCUGAUGACAGCCGCGUUGGGCGGGCUACUAGCGUGCCGAGCCCGCGCCUCGCGCCGCCGCCGCGGCCGCCCGCGUCUCGCCAUGGACUCCGACUACCUCGUCAACGGCAUGUACCUGUGAGCCUAGUGCCUGACACUCUAGUACCCGUAUAGUGCCACUUAUGAGAAAAAGAUGUCGAAGGCAACGGCUGGUUUUCUGGAGUUUUUCCCAAAAUCCAGAAAAAGUUUGUACUAAUAUCAAUACAAUUGCCAGCCAGUAUAAAGCCGCGUUUCCACUGACGCGAGGCUGGGCGGAGAGGAGCUUAGCGGUACCCGAAUUGACCAAUCACUAUGCUCGAAAUCUCCGCUCCGCUUCAAUGGAAACAGCACGAGCGGGGUG